AUGAAGUGCCUGAACCAUUUCGGGGGGUACCUGUGCCUGCCCCGCUCGGCCGCGCUGCUCAGCCCCGCCCCCGGGCCCGCCCCCGCCCCGCCCCCGGCCCCGCCCCCGGCCCCGCCCCGAACCGACCCCGACGGCCGCUGCCCCCCCGGCUUCAGCCCCGGCCCCGACGGCGCCUGCGCAGACGUGGACGAGUGCGCGGGGCCCCCCCCGUGCCGGCCCAGCCAGGACUGCAUCAACGUCCCGGGGGGCUUCGAGUGCCGCUGCCCCCCCGGCUACCGGCACCGGCACACCGAGUGCGUGGAUGAGGACGAGUGCCAGUUCCGCUGGUGCCAGCACAGCUGCGCCAACUCCCCCGGAGCCUUCGCCUGCCGCUGCCACCCCGGGUUCAGCCUCGGCCCCGAUGGCCGCUCCUGCCUCGACGUGGACGAGUGCUCCAUGGGCGCCCGCUGCUCCCAGCGCUGCCUCAACACCUUCGGCUCCUUCCACUGCCGCUGCCGGCCCGGCUUCGUCCUGGGCGCCGACGGGCACCAGUGCCACGAUGUGGACGAGUGCCGGGGGGGGGUCCCGUGCCAGCACCGCUGCCAGAACCUCCCGGGGGGCUUCAGCUGCCUCUGCCCCCCCGGCUACGGCGAGGAGCGGGGGCUGUGCCGGGACCGGGACGAGUGCGCUGAGGGCUCCCACGGCUGUGGGGGGGCCCAGAGCUGCCUCAACACUUUUGGGGGGCACCUCUGUGUCCCCCGCGAGCUCUGCCGGGGACCCUACACCCCCCACCCCCGCAGCAACGGGACCUGCGUGUGCCCCGGGGGUGUCCCCGGCUGCGCCCCCCGCCCCCGCUGGCUCCUGCAUCGCUUCCUGGCCAUCCCCCACAUCCCCGAUGUUCCCGCCGGCAUUUUCCAGCUCCAGCAUCCCCCGGGGGACCCCCAAAGGCUGCGGCUGCGGGGGGGUCCCCCCGGCACCUUUCGCCUGCGGGUGCUGACCAAUCACAGCUCGCUGCUGGAGCUCGUGCGCCCCCUGGCGGGGCCGCGCCAGCUGCUGCUGGAGGUGGAGCUGCUCCGGCCGGGGCCCCGCCCCCCGCACGAGGCCACGCCCACAACCGCAGAUGCCCCGCCCCCCGGUGCCCGGGACCCGCCCCCCGGUGCCCGGGACCCGCCCCCCGGUGCCUGGGACCCGCCCCCUCCGGCUGGGCGGGGCCUGGCCUUGCUCCGCCUCCACCUGGCCGUGGGGGCCCACCCGUUUUAG